AUUAGGUAUGGUUUGUUAAAAUGUAAUUAGAAAAAUAGUGAAACCACACACUGAACAAUCAUAUGGUCAAAAUUGAUCACUUUCUGAGUUUGUGAUCCAGGGAAAAAUAACUUCUUUUCAUUUAUGGUCAAUUGUUUAAUUAGGAGCUCCGCUUUUAGGCUCGGCUAAAUCUAUAUAUUAUCCAGACAGGAAAAGGUAACGCGUAGUGUUAUAGUGCAACUAUUCGAACUUGGCCAGAGGGUUAAUUGAGAACAGUAGAUGUUUGGGACUUAUAAGACUGAAAAUGUUUCAAAAAAAAAUUGGGGUCGAAAGCAACCAAUCAAAAGCGUGGUCAAGUUUUUCCACAACAUUGUUGGGUUUCAAAUAUUUUGGAAACAAAUAUUGUUUGUAUUCUUCCAACGUGAGUUAUCUAUUGAUUAAAAAGGUCCGCAUUCUCAGUUACUUUUCUGAUUAGCUAAAGGCGCGCAGAAGGUGAAAACGAAUAUUUAAACUGUCGUUCCGAUGAGAGUAUGUCAUACUUCGGAAGCAAAUAUCUAGGUGUUUGGAACUUAUAUCGACGUUUCAACUAGAUUAUGAUAGCAAAAUAUCUGCCACGACGACACGGUGAACUUCUGUUAUUUCGGCCGCCAUGAUGUUUAGACUUGCAAAAUAUAUUAAACAACAGUUUUUUGGACACCGAGUUGGAGAUUUUUUUAUUAACAUUUGAAAACAAACAUCGUUUCCUGAAUAUAAAACUGAGUAUUUAAUAUUUGAAGUCUUCCCAGUCCACACAGAAAUCACUCGCACAUUGAUAUACAUUAGGUACAACACUGGACCUGAUUGUUACUGAUAUGAUGUUAUAUUAUUCUUAUUCAAGAUUGCACUUGCCUUUGCAGUUACGGCGAAACCCAACGUGUUAAUUGCAGUAAACGAGGUGUCUUAACCAGGAGAAAGUCAAAGGCGAGUCACUGUUUACAACAGACUAAUCCCAAAUUGAACAGGAUUGGUAAUUAAGAAGAAAGCUGAAGAAACAGUAGUUUACAGACGUCGAUAAAGAGUAAAUAUAUUGCAAUCUGAUGGCGGGGGAGCGUCGUAGAGAAGCUGCAGGAUCUAGACCUGUUCUUGAAAUGGAAGUUGGUUGUGGACUAUUCUACGCUAAUGUCAAAAUUGACAACUCAUUGUUAGCAACUGGAACGAUCGCAGGCGCCGGCGUCGCAUUAUCAGUUUUUUUCUAUAGAAACCCGGCUUUAGUCGAGAUUGCAGUGAAAAGCGCCUUCGCAGGUUUGGUGGAUAGAGUCCAGUCUAUCACACUGUCUUCUGUUCUUGUCUACUUGUGUUUUCAUACAAAAGAGAGGUUACUGGCAUUUAUGGAUGCUUUUGCGACAGGGACAGUAAAGCAAAGAUUAGAAGAAGAGUUUUCUAUAAUUGGAUUUAAAGACGAGUUGGAAGUGACCGUUACUGUAUACGACAACGCUUCUCGGAUAAGAAAAGAAAUGAGGGACGGCACGGCUUUUGAGUCUUUUGAGUCUUUUGUCGGAUCAAUGGAAUCAGGUUGUAUUACACUUCAUAAAUUUUAAUUGAAUCUAGCUGUAUAUGCCCCCUAAAACCAUUUUAAACAGACUGACUAGUAAUUGGUUGCUAUGACUCUGUCGUAGAAUGCUUUCAUCAACUAGAGAGACGUUUUUAAAGAUAUCAUAAGUGAUCGACAAGAGACAAAACAGGAAUUGCAUUCCUAAAAGAUACCCUUAUGAGUAAAAAAUAUUAGCGUUCAUUCCUGUACGCUAUAAUUAUACCAUAAUCCAAAUAUUAUCACCCUUAAAAAGAAGAUCAUCCACCCCUUUGACUGUGGGAGUCCCUCCUGUAUCAACAGGUUGGAAGGUGGUUUUCAAGCUAAUUAUGGAGCUGAGAAAAUGUAACGGUCCCCCCAAAAAUUGUAAUCAUUGCAAUAAAAAUUUCUUUUAAUGUUUUGUUGAGAAAUGUAUAGUCUACUAAUGUGUUGCUUAUAU